GCAGGUGCACGGGUUCAGUUGUCUGCUGGAAUUCUUGCGCGCUUGAUCGAACAUAGUGUGCGGGUGGAACUAUCAUCGCGCUGUGACCUGCUGUGCUCUGUGUGCCGCGUGUGUGAUUUGGUGCGUAUUUUGUGUUGCUGUGGCCAUUCCACGUGUCAUUACGCAGCUGUGAUAGAGUGUGCAACCUCAGGGUGGAACGUAAAUACCCGCUUCAAUAUGAAACUAAACCUGGCAACGACGUGGCUGCUGCUGGUGGCGUUCACAGUGAAUGAAGUGCGAGGGCAGCUGCGGUGCUACGUGUGUGAAAACUGUCCCGACCCGUUCGAGGGCACCUCGGCCCAGCUUCAGGCUUGUCCGGCGUCAGAAUCCACGACCACACAGAUGCCCCCGGGGGGUGAUACAACGAUCCUUACGCCACCGCCCCUUCCGACGGGCGAUGGUAGCGGUCAGCAGACGACGACGACGACGGUAGCAACGACCACGGAAGCGCCACCGACACCGAGCACGCCGGUGAUCACGCCACCGCCAGUGGUCGGUCGCCGAAAGCGUCAGACAGCAGCGACCGGAUAUCGUUGCUUCCGGAUUGAGCAUUCCAACACCGUUCGCCGGGGAUGCGCCGCCUACCUGGGCAACCAGGCCGACACCUGCCUGUCCGUGAACGGUGGCACCAAUCCUACCGGCUGUACGCUCUGCGACUGGGAAGGAUGUAACAGUGCGACCGGGCUGCGAGUAUCGCUGUUCGCGCUUCUGCUCGCUGUACUGCUGUCGGUCGUGCUGAAGCAGUAACGCCCCACAGAAGUAGCAGCCUUCGGCUCCCAACUCCCACCGCAAACCCCUCAGCAAAAGCUGUUCGACAGACAGCAACUACUCGGGGGUUUACUACUCACGGAUGGAUGGAGUCAGCUGAUCUUGAGGCACAAAUGGCAACUACCGUACCCAAGGACGGUACAUCGCUUUGCAUUAGGUUAUGUGACUAGGUUAAAUACAAAGGGCAGUCAGACGGCCAAAUAAACAGACAGUUUAAUCAUAACGA